UCCAUCAAUUAUUUCUCUCUACAAAUCUAACAGGCAAUCAAGAAUGUCGCUGAUUCCAAGCUUCUUCGGAAACAACCGGAGGAACAACACCUUCGACCCCUUCGCAAUGGAUCUGUGGGAUCCUUUCGAAGGAUUUCCCUUCGGUGGAAACCUCUCUCAGUCUCUCACCUCCGGCAGCACCGCCGCACGCGACACCGCCGCGUUCGUGAACAACGCUCGAAUUGACUGGAAGGAGACACCUGAGGCGCACGUGCUUAAGGCGGAUCUUCCAGGAUUGAAGAAGGAAGAGGUUAAGGUUGAGGUGGAAGACGGGAAAGUGCUCCAGAUCAGUGGAGAGAGAAACAGGGAGCAGGAGGAGAAGAACGAUAAGUGGCACAGGAUUGAGCGGAGUUCUGGAAUGUUCAUGAGGAGGUUCAGAUUGCCAGAGAAUGUGAAGAUGGAGGAGAUUAAGGCAAAUAUGGAGGAUGGUGUUCUCACUGUCACUGUGCCCAAAGUGGAGGAGAAGAAACCUCAGAUCAAAUCAAUUGACAUUUCUGGCUGAAUUAAUCGUCAAUUUAUCUAAUUAUGUAGCGUUUGCUCUGCUUUUCUAGUGUUUUAGUUUUAAUCCAUGUGUUGUGGUAAUGUUCUGAUGUGUUAAAUGACGAUGUUGAGUUGUUGACGGUUGUGUAAUCGGAAUUUCAAAUUUAAUGAAUUAAUCGACUGUUGUUUUUACUCUGUUUUCUUCGCAAUUUAGAAAUUAGUUUUCAGCUAGCACAUUUAUAGAUUCUGAAUACGAUACACAUCUAAAAGACGUGCUUCCAAAAUGGGAAGUAAUGUAGAUACGGGGAAAAGAAACAGUUUCUAACACUAGUUAGCCAACUUAUCUCGGGUUUGAUUAGAUCAAUAUAUCUCUCUAUGACUGAUUGACGGAUUGCUCAUUGCUCAAAAUGAGUGUAUUACUUCAUGAUAAUUAAUAAAUUCAAUUGUCAAAUACCGAGGAUUAAUUAGUAGAGUACAUAUUUUCGCGGUUUUGAGCAAACUUUAUUUUAGAUGUAAAUUGUGCACAGGCAUCUUUGCCUCAUGAAGGGCGAGAUAGAGAGGGGUAAGCGAAAGAGUAUAUCAAAUCAAGUAUGGGUUGAAUUUAACGAGACGGUCAAAUGAUAGACGAGGGUAAUAUAAAAGAGAUGAUGAGACUUAUUUUUUUUUGUUGCUAAUGAGGGGCUAACCCCAACAGAAGAUAGGAAUAAAGCUAAGAACUAGGAACUAUUCGUGGCCAAGCCACUCAAACUAAGUCUUCAUGAAGAAUCUUCCCAAGCUCCAAUGGUGGAACUUGAAUCAUUUCAAACUUUGAAUUUUGUUGCACUCCAACAUUUGCUAACCAAUCUGUCGCCCUAUUGCCUUCUCGAUAUACAUGAAAGAUGGAUACCUCCCAAUCGUUGUUUUUAAUCAUAUUACGACAACUAUGAAUCACAUGAACAC